UAGAGGGGGUUUGAGGGGGCGUGGGGUCACGAGAGAGGGACAGCAGCGCGCGCGAGAGCGAGAGAAGAAGGAGAAACAGCGUGAGAGAGAGCGAGAGAGAGAGAGAGCGCUGUAAUGCUAGAUUCGUCCACACCGGAUCACAGAGGGCUCGAAUGAGGAAGACGCUGUGGUGAACUUCACCUGCGCGGCGCGCUGCUGUGAGUCACGCGGAUGUCUGCUUGACACCUGGCCGGCCCUGGCAGUGGCCGCUGCGGCGGUGGAGUUGAGAGGUCGAGGUGAGUCCGAAUUCUUUUGAAAAUGGUGAACAUGGAGGCGAAUGAGAGUCCAGGAACUGGGAAGAGCUCCAAACGCGCCAAGCGCAAAACCAAGCGCAGCAAGGAGAACAAGCGCAGAGCGCGCAGACUCUUCGGGGGCAAGUCCUUCAAAUCCGUCAGCAGGUUCAUGAGCAGAGUGUUCAGAAGUCUGGGGGGCUUCGGGACGCAGUUCGGGGACGGGCAGAAGAAGCAGGAGGAUGGAGGAGAAGAAGAAGAAGAGGGGGGGGAGGAGGAGGAGGAAGAGGACGAUGGAGGGUUUGGAGAAAGCGCAAGGCGCGCACUGGGACGCGCAAGUGAUAACGCGCUGAAACGGAGCAGCACGCGGUCCUGCCCCCCCGUGCUGAGCUGGGGGGGUGGGGAGAAGCCUCCCGGGGUGCAGGGGCUGAGGAAUCAUGGGAAUACGUGCUUCAUGAACGCUGUGGUGCAGUGCCUCAGCAACACGGACUUGCUGGCUGAACACCUGGGCCUGGGUCAGUACAAGAGCGAGCUGAGGGAGGGGCCAGGCAGCGGGGUCGCUUGGAGGGACGCGGGACAGAGGGGUCCGCGGGGUCAGGGGGAGGUCACGGAGCAACUUGCCCUGCUGGUCAGAGCGCUGUGGACUCACCAGUACACACCGCAACUAUCAGUGGACUUCAAGAGCAUCGUGUCCAAGCACAGCUCCCAGUUCAGAGGGAACUCUCAGCAUGAUGCUCUGGAGUUCCUACUGUGGCUGCUGGACCGAGUUCAUGAGGACACCAACCCAGACACCUCCAACACCUCCAACAACACCAACAACAUCAACAACACCAAUAACUCCAUCACCAACGGCUCCAGCAAUAGCAGCAAGGCAAAACCAACCAGCAAGGUUCCCGUAGAGUCUACGUCCGGUCCAGACCUGCAGCAGGCCAGAACCAGACACAGUUUCGUCCAGGAACACUUCCAGGCCCAGUACAGAUCGUCGCUGACCUGCCCUCACUGCCUUAAACAGAGCAACACCUUCGACCCCUUUCUCUGUAUUUCCCUUCCUAUACCGCUCCGACAGACACGGGCUGUGAAUGUAACCCUGGUGUUCAACAGUAAGUCCCAGCGGUUUGUUCGGGUGGGUCUGGCCAUUCCUCUGCUGGGAUCAGUACAUGCACUCCGAGCACUGCUUGCUCAGGAGGGAAACAUCAGCACUGAGCAGGUGAUUUUGGUGGAAUUGUACUCUGACGGCUUCCAGCGUUCGUUCUCUGAUGAAGACGACUUGACCAGCAUCUCUGAAAGUGAUGUCAUCUACGCCUUUCAGGCUACUCCCCCAUUCUCCAAAGGCAGCUCUUCACGAUACUCAGGGUUCCAUCACUCUCUCCCCUCUUCCCCGUACAUCACCGGGCGCGAAGGUCAAAGGUCACUGGCUUCGUGCACUUCAUCUGCUGAGUUCCUGAAUCAAAGCGGAUCCUCCAAAAUCAUCCUGCUCAUCUGUAACACGGCGGGGAGUGGACAGCAGGCAGCCAGGUUUGGGCCUCCAUUCCUUGUGGUUGAGGAGCGGGGCGUGUCGUGGGCGGAGCUUCAACAGACCAUUCUUACAAAACUUUACAACCUGAUGCUUAACAGCACACAAGCACAGAACGCGGGUGUUUUAUUCCGGAUCCGUGUGGUAGGCGGAUCCACGUCCUGCAGUUAUCUCUCUCCUCAGGACAGAAGGCCUUUAUUACAUCCAGCAAUCGACAGAGUGUUAAAGCUGUGUGGUCCCGGAGGCCCCCCGCAUGUGAAACUAGUCAUCGAGUGGGAAACAAAGGUCAAAGAAUGUUUGUUUGGCAGUAUUCAGGAGGAGUGUGUGAAGGAUGCUGAAAGUGUUCGUGAGCAGCAGCAGAAUCACCUGCAGCAGCACAGCUGCACACUGGAUGACUGUUUUCAGCUCUACACCAAAGAGGAGCAGUUGGCUCCAGAUGAUGCGUGGAAGUGUCCUCACUGUAAGCAGUUGCAGCAGGGCAUGCUGAAGCUGAGCCUCUGGACUCUGCCGGACAUCCUCAUCCUGCACCUGAAGCGAUUCCGCCAGGUGGCUGACCGCAGGAACAAGCUCUCCACACUGGUCAGAUUCCCCAUGAGUGGGCUGGACAUGGCGCCCCAUGUGGCCAAACGCAGUCACAGCGUCCGAAACCUCGCCUCCUGGCCACCGACGUGGACACACGGAGACUUGGACUUCCUGUACGACCUCUAUGCUGUGUGUAACCACCACGGGGGGAUGCAUGGUGGUCACUACACAGCGUACUGUAGGAACUCAGUGGACGGUCAGUGGUACAGUUAUGAUGACAGCAGUGUGGAUCUGGUUCCAGAGGAGGAGCUCUGUACGAAGGGAGCCUACGUCCUGUUCUACCAGCGCAGGAACGCCAUCCCGCCGUGGUCCGCUAACAGCUCCGUCAGAGGUUCAACCAGUUCAUCUGUGUCAGAUCAUUGGCUCAUUCGUCUGAAUGGAGACAGUAAGAGAGGCAGUAUGGUGUCCCGCACGUCCACCACCCUUCCCUCCAUCCCCGACCCGCCUGACUCACCUGUCUUCCAGGAUGAAGCUCAGAAGGAUGAUCAGGUCUCAUUAGGAGGUUUCGAGACAAGGCCUUUCAUCCGAGGGUUGCAGGGACGCAGUGUAAGUAUGAGAAGCCCCGCCAAACCAAAAGAGAACACGAGUAAGUUGUUUCCACUCAGAUGGUCCUUCGGCUCUAAAGAUAAACGCAAACCUGCCCCUGCCCCUACUGCCCCAAAUGCCUCUGCUGCUCCAAAUGCUCCUUCUGGCCCAGACACUCCUGCUGCCCCAACUGCCUCUACUGCCCCGACUGCCUCUGUUGCUACAGCUUCCUCGAACGCUCCAGCCCAGCUAGUGGAGUACCUGGAGUCUGGUAGGAGACCUCGGAUCACCAAUGACCCCAUUGCUGCUCUGGUGAAGUCAUCCUCCAAGAAAGAACCCUUAAGGUACCAAAAAGCUCCAGAAGGUCAGAAAGUUCCAGAGGGCCAAAAAAACCCAGAUCGUCCCAACGAUUCCCCACGGUUGGCGGAGGGACAGCAUCGUCCAGAGUCCGAAACCGUAACAGGACAGAGAACCAGACAGAAAGAAGAUGGUGCCCUGAGCCGAAGGAGUACCAGGAGGCCCAAGGAUCAAGCAAAAUCCCAAAACCCCCAGAACAACAGGAGCUCCAGCAUGGGCAUCCCAGGUGCAGGAGGGUCCCUCCUGAGGAAAAGCAGGACAGCAACAGGAGACACACUGCUUUAUGAGAUGGAAGGCAGAAGAGAUGACGCGAUGCCUCAAGAUGGCAUCAUGGCUUUCCUGAAGGGUGGCUUCCUGAAGAGAGACCCACGACAAGGCUCUGGCCAGGAUGAACUGGUAGAGGACGGCGUUCCUGGUGAAAGAAGCAUUUCCCGACUUUCCCUGCCUUCCAGAAGUUAUGGUACGGCUUCAAGUGGGAUGACCAACGGCCUCAGGACACUAUUGGGAGAUCAACUGGUCAAUGGCAGAGCAAUUGAUAUCAAACGUUCACAAAGCUCCUCCAGCAUCCCUCGCAGGACCGGAGAGAACCUGCAGAGGGCAGUGUCUCUGCAGCGAAACGGAAUGCCUGGGCUCCCGAGGAACUCCACUGGAGAGAAGAACCCACACGGAACUCUGCAGAGAACACAAAACCGAUACAGCAGCAGCUCUACGCUGGGCAGGAGGAGAGCCGUGCCUGAGUCCAGCUUCUAGCACAGGAACCAAAUACAGGGACACCGAACAGAAUCAGAGGUUUUGCAGGAGGUUGCUAGUUCAGAUCCCAGCGACACCUUGUUCAUGGUCUUGUUUCUUUCUCCCACUGUUAUUGACUGCAGCGCUAGACACUUUCUAGCAUUGCAUCUCCUUUAAGAUUACUCCUUUAAGAGACUGAGCAUUGAGCUGAAGGUACGUGACUCAGACUACAACUCUGAUUGGUGGGCGAAGGACAGGGCUUUCUGCACCAGGAUUUGGAACCAGCGCUAUAGCUAAUGUGAGCAACUUUUGGAAAAAUCUAAUUCUGAAAACCUCAACAGAGCUCACACAACAUCACUACCCAAAAAACAAAUAUCUAAAAACUUCCAAAGAACCGGCAGCUUUCCAGAAGAGCGGAGGCACAGCUGUGCUUUCCUCAGUUUUGGCCCAUUUACCAGAAACCCAAAGGUGUUCAGAAUUUAGGUGUAUUUUUUUUUUGUUUCACACCCAGAGGGCAUAAAUAAUAGAGUAUGCUUUCAAUUUAUGUAAAUCAAAGCGGUUAAAAAUGGAGACGGGAGAAUUUUUAUAGAGCUGUGAAUACAAAGUGUUGCUAUUGCAGGUAGCAGGAAUCACAGUGCUGUAGUACACACCUGCAGUAGUGCUGAACAACUGACAACAGAGUUAUAACAAUAGAGGGAACAUCUCUCUGUUUAUUGGUGCAGUUCUUAUCAAGUGCCUCUCAGUAACUGAGAUGGAGCUGUGCUGGGUAGCAAUGGACUACAUGUAAUCUGGAUUAUGACAAUCAAGUGCUUGUAAUCAGAGUAGAAUACUUUUAAAAAUAGAUGUCAUCAGAUUACUGUUACUUUUUGUAAGAAUUACACUGCAAAAUACUUAAAAUAAGAAAUCAUCUUAAAUAUACUCUAAAUAUCUAAUAUUUCUCAUUUUGAGGUGAUUAUAUGAAUAUUCUAAGACUUAUUCCUAGAUGUUUUUACUUGUUUAAGGUAAUUUUAUCAAGUACAAUUAUCUGAAUAUACUGGCAGAUAAUUUUGCUAAAUUAUCUGCCACUAUAGUGAGAUUAUUAUACUUAAUAAAUUUACUUAAGUUGAAUGAGUUAAAUAAUCUGAGUCUACAGCAAUCUUAAAAUGAGGAAUAUUAGAUAUAUCACCAAAUUGAGAACAUCUUUACUUGCCAAUGAACCGUUUUUUGUAGUGUAUUAACUAUUUAAUUUGAUAAUCUCAAUAAUCAUUUGUUAAUUCUUAAUAUACUCAGUGUUGCCAUAUAAACUACAUAGUAACAAUGUUACUGUGACUUUAAAUGAUGCAAAGUUGGGACAGACAAGCUAGAAACUUCAACAUUAGACUACUGGAUUUAUAUUAAAGGAGCAGCAGGAGAAAAAUAGAGGAUCAUUAGUAGUGAUUACUGAAGAAAUCAGUUCUUUAAAUAAUCUAAAAAUUGCAUCACCAUUAAAAUUGCAUCACACUUGAGUGUGUGAGAUGUACUCAGAGUGAUUCAGAGUGGUUUGGUGUGAAAUGGUUCAAAUUUCUUUACAGUGGUGGUGAUAGGAACCAGGGGUCACCAUGACUACAACACUUUAUUUACUAUCCAGAACCAUCAGUGAACCUACACGUGUCUUCUGAGUUUUAUAUGGAGUGUUGAUGAUGAGAAUAGCGAUAAAUCUGAAAUAAUACGUUUUCUUUGGGGACUAUUUUGCCUCACAGCACCCUGCAUGUAUCCCUCCAUCAUUAAUGGAGUUUAAGGCUGAAAUCUUCUCAAAGCUAUCAUAUCUCAGACAUCAGGCAGUGAAUUCAUAACCAUUUCAUGUAGUAACUUUCUGUGAGGGAGCUUUUAGAGGUGGAUGUCUGGUUCCUAUCACCGCCACUGUGAUUAAUUCUGACUCUGUUUCUCUAGAACAGAACAUUUCACACCAAACCACUCUGAACAACUCUGUUUACAUCUUAGCUGCUUAAUUACGCAGAUCUUUUUGCCAGAUCUACUCAACACAGAUACACACACAGCUUUUUUCUUCUGGGUCACGGGGGGAGCUGGAGCCUAUCCCAGUAGUCAUUGGGUGGAAGGCAGGAUACACCCUGGACAGGUCACCAGCCAUCGCAGGGUGAUCUACCCAACGCUGUGUAUUAUUCAUACAUUAGUGAUAUUCACAGCUUUAGUUCUGAAAUGUUUAUAUGGCACAAAUAAGUGAAUUACUUUGUACUUUAGAUCUUGAGAUGUGAGUGGUGUAUGAAGAGUUUGCACUGUCUAUUAGCUGCUAGAUCCUCACAGCAUUUCAGUUUGGGUUCUCUUGAACUUCCUUGCACUGAUCGAGCAGAAAAACAGGGGUGUUAGGAUCAGAUGGUGAAGUCAAAGCUUUAUGAACUCUAGAUAUGCAGAAUCUGAGCUGUUUUGGCCUGAAACUCCUGUUUAAAGCUGUGUGAGAAGAAGUGCUCACAAUUUUGAGAAGCAAUAAACACUGAACCCUCUCUGAUACGUGCUAGAUGAUAAGCCAUGUAAUCAAUACUCUAACCAAUCACUUACUUUAGCUAUGAAUGCAAUAAUGAUUUAGAAGGAGACUCCAAGAUGUGAAGAUUACCAGACGAUCUGUAGUUCAACGAUGUCACUUUUUUCCUUUAAAUGUCCGAGUGGCCUUAUUAUUGUUCCGAUUAGCUGACUCCAGUAAUGCUAACGGUGCUAACAGCCAAUUAAAGUGAACACUAAUUAGCAUUAUGCAAAUCACGUCAAGCUAGCUGGCUUCCGUUCAGUGUUAGCCAGAUUAGCGUGUUUGGAUCAGCUAUUCCUCAUGCUUUACCGUUUGAUUCCUUGUUUAUUGGAUUAGUAUUUCAACCACUCCACAUACACUCUGAAAAAAGAUGGUUCUUCAAGGGCUCGUUAGUAAAGAAAAUGGUUCUAUACAGAACCAUGAACACUCAAAGAACCAUUUGCAUGCUUCAAUGGUUCUCCGCAUGGUAAGAUGGUUCUGUUUGGUAGAGACUGUUAUUUUUGAAAAGGGGUCUAUAUAUUGGUCUAUAUAGCACAAGAAAGGGUUCUCCUAUUGUUCCGACAUCAAGCUGGUAACAGUAGAAGAACUCUUUUAAAAAAGGGUCUGUAUAGAAUUAUAUGCAACACAUUCUCCAUCGAUCUGAAGAACCCUUUGUAGAACCAUUUUCUUUACUAACGAGCUCUUGAAGAUCCAUCUUGUUUAAGUGUGUAAAGCAGACACUUUAUUCUCCAUCUGUUUUGAUGCUUCAGGUUCAUUUUAUUUAUUGUUGUUGUCAUUUUUCCUGAUCAUCUUGAUAAAUGUAAAUUGAUCAUUUUAAACGGACUUGCUCUCACCAAAAAUGUUUUUUUGCUCUGUAUGGAUGCUGUUAGUUCCAAGACUAGAGCCUGACCGAUGUGGAGAUUUUGUGGUCAAUAUCGAUUCCAGUUUUUGGAGGUCAAACAUUCUACUAAGCGAUAAAAUGUUAUAAUUUUAUAUUUUAGGUUUUAUAUAUGAUGGCAUGACCAAUGGCAUGGCAUGUUCUUGAAGGGUUCUUUAGUAAAGACGGUUGUUCUAUAUCGCUGCUGUCGGAACAAAACCUCGUAUCAUCGCUUUUGUCAUUUUGCAGUUUUUGACCAAAUUUGAAGUUACAUGUUGUUCUUUACACUGAGUGUAAAUUUCACAAUGAAUGGGCCAAAAGAAACAACCCAAAAUCAUACAGAAAGAAUUCUGGUUCCAUUGACUUGCAUUAAGAGUGAAGUAGGUUUUUUGCUUCUCCUGUAAAGUUAUUAUUUUGGAGAUAUGAGGUUUUGUUCCGACAGCAGCGAUAUGAAACCAUGAACAUUCGUAGAAGGUCAAAUGGUUCUUGAUUGAUGGAGAAUGUGCUGUUGAUGGUUUUACCGGUUCAUCCUAAAGUUAUCCGUAUUGGGGUGUCCAGUGGUAGGACUAAUAUAAUUUGACCUUAAGUGAGAUCUAAUUACCAUAAUCAAUUAUAUCGGCUAACCAGCUUAUCGGUCCGGCUCUAAUUUUCAUACAAACUGAGAAGCCACUCUGGGCAGAGAUGAAGGCGAUGUUUUUCCUGUAAUGUGAAAAGUAAAGUGGUUAAUAUGUCUGUGAUUGACACCGACACUGAUGAUCACUUUAGAAACGAUGCUGUUAUGAAGGAUUUGCUGUGUGUUGCAUGUAGAUCACAGAUUUAAUGAAGUCCAUUAGAUGUAACCCCACAUCCGAUAUCAUAUUUAUAGUUAAACACAUGAAGCACAGAUACAUUUUCUUUAUAAAAACAGUCCUAAAGCUGCCAGGAUGAGUUUUAUUCAGAGCAGUAUUUGUAGAUCUAUCAGGAAACAAGUGUCUGGGGAACUAAAGGGCAUUUUCUUUUUAAUAUGUUUUUGCUUUUGUGCAAUCUACAUAAAAUCACAAGUAUCUUUAUCAAUGUUUACCAAAAGAAGCACUUCUAUUUAAGAGUACAUAUGAAGGAAGUAUUUUCCAUUUGUUUUCUUGGAUUUGGUUCUUUUAUAUACAACUUUUAUAUGCAUUUUUUAAUGUUUGUAAAUAAACAAAAAAAUGAAUCAUAGAAAAGUUAAUAUUGUAUUCAUGAUCUAUAUACUGAGGCCAUGUGGGCGAUAUGGAAAAAAUAGGAUAUAAUGAUACUUAAAGAAAUUGUCACAAUACACAGUAUGCCACAGUAUUUAUUCUUUCAGACAUCUGACCAGAGAAAAAAGAGCCAAUAGUGCUACGUUUGAAAAAAUGCUACCAAAAACUGAAUUUUUAUUCAGUAUUUCAGUUCCACUGAGAAACAAACUGAAAUCUUUUAGGGUGGAAAAACAAAAAUGAAGAACUAAAAUAAUGUGGUUGCAUAAAUAUGCACACCUUUAAAUGAAUACUGUGUUGAAGUUCCCUUUGACUUUAUGACAGCAUUCAGUCUUUGGGAUAGGGGUCUAUCAGCAUGGCACCUCUUGACAUAGCAACCUUUGCUCACUCUUCCUUGCAAAAGUGCUCCAAAUCUGUCAGCUGGUGAGGGACAUCUCUCCAGGUCUACCCAUGCAUUUUCAGUGGGAUUCAGGUCUGGGCUCUGGCUGGGCCAUUCCACAACUUUGAUCUUCUUCUGGCGAUGCCAGAAGUCAUUGUUUGAGUCAUUGUUGUGCUGAAAGGUAAAAUUCCUCUUCUUCUUCAACUUUUUAGCAGAGGCUGGAAGGUUUAGUGAUAAAAAUCGACUGAUAUUUGGAACUGUUCAUAAUUCCCUCACCUUGGCUAAAGCCCCAGUUCCAGCUGCAGAAAAACAGCCCCAAAGCAUAAUGCAGCCUCCACCAUGCUUCACUGUGGUCAUGGUGUUCUUUUGGUGAUGUGCAUUGUUGGCUUUCCUUUUGGAAUUAAAAAGUUCAACCUUGGUCUCGUCGGACCAUAACACGUUUUCCCUCAUCCUUUGGCAGACUUGAUGAAGGUUUUGGCAAAGCAUAGCCAGGCUUGGAUGUUUUUCUUGGUUGGAAAAGGCUUCCGUCUUGCCACCUGACCCCACAGCCUGAUAUAUGAAGAAUACAACCAGCACUUACCAGAAAUUCCUGCAGCUCCUUUAGUGUUGCUGUAGGCCUCUUAACAGCCUCCCGGACCAAUUUUCUUCUUGUCUUUAGAUCAAUAUUUCAAUGACGUCCAGUUCAUGGUAAUAUCACUGUUGUGCCACUUCUGGAUGACCGCCUUCAUUGUGUUGCAUGGUAUAUCUAAUGCCUUGGAGAUGUUUUUGUACCCAUCUCCUUAACUGAUGACAGCUGUGUACUGACUACUAUAUAACAUGAGUUUAAAUGUGAUGGACUCAUUUUGAACGCAACCACAUCACUUAUGCAACCAACUUAUUUAAGGUUUGUUCAUUUUAUUUAAUAGAAUUAAAGAAAUUUCUAAUUAAUUUCAGUUUGUUUUUCAGUGGAACUGUACAGAUUACAGGUCACUUUGAAGGUGGACAUAAAUCUGAAGUGACUCAUUUAUUGCAGGAGCAGGAUUAAUAAAAGCAUUUGAACUGCCACACCAUGGUUCAGCAUUCUGCCGAUGAUUAUAUAUAAUAGAAGUUUGCAAAGACCUACAGUGUCUGCUAAACAUAAUCUGUUUUAAUUUAAGCCUCUAUUAAAGAAACAUUGUUACCCA